AUUCACAAGUAAUGUUCUUUCUUCUGCCCUUCCUUUCUAGUACGAUACGUUGUAAGUAUAUUUUGUAGGUGCCCCCUCCAAUCCUAUGAUUUAAUUUUCGUAUGAUUUUCAGUACAGUAGUGCAAGAGUUUACUGACAUUCACCACAAUCAUUCACCACUGCAUGUGUGUGUACAGAAGAGGGAGUCGAAACAAAAGAUAAUGCAGUCUACAGCGAUGAAGCUCAUCUUCAUCCAUGUCGUUCCCAUCGAGGAGAUACCGUGAUGGGGAUGCAGUAUUGUUGUGGAACAAGCAAAAUACAACCUAACUAACACUGGGAGCAAAAAGGCCAAAUAAAAGGUCAUGGACGAUACGAUUGCAGAAAAGUCUUCAUCAUUUGCUACGUAAUCACAACUUUUCUGUAUUUUCAUGUGUAUUGUUGCCUCGAAAGGUCUCAGCUCUUAUCUCCGGGUAUGACAAAAGCUGGAGGUGCUUCCCAGAGAUGACGAGGCCUAUAUAAGAAGUCUCAAAUGAAACACAAGCCACACCACAGAUAAUAUUUGUGUUUGUUGAGCCCUUUCCGGUACUCUGAGACAUCUUCGGGGGGGUUGUAUUAAGUACCAUGUGGAAGGCAGCCGUCUUUACUCUUGGUCUCUUAGUGGUGCUGGUGGACAGGGUGCGGCCCAAUGAAGGACAUCCAUCUUUAUAUGGGAUGAAGCUGUGUGGAAGAGAGUUCAUACGUGCUGUCAUCUUUACCUGUGGGGGGUCUCGCUGGAAGAGAAGCAUUGGAGAUUCAGAUGAGGCGUUUGACCAAUGGAAUGCAAAUCCUUUCUCUCAACUGGCCGGUGAGCAGGAUCCUGCAAAAUCCAACGUAUGGAAAGAUCAGACUAUAGAUGUGGCAUCUGUGGCUGCGGGAUUUAGCCGCUUGGCUCGCUCGCCAAUCUCGGAGGAGGUCCUGGAGGCUCUAAGAAGUGCAGAUAGAAAAGAACGGGAUGUGCUGGUGGGCCUGUCCAAUGCUUGCUGCAAAUGGGGCUGCAGUAAAAGUGAAAUCAGCUCCCUGUGCUAAACAUUGCCGUCUCAUACGGGGCUUUCAUCUUUUUUCAUCAAGGUCAGACCUUGUGUAAAUAAAUGUGUGAAUUCUGGCCUAAAUGCGCUCAUCGUGGUUUCACAACUAAU